AUGUACAACCAUAUUCAUGUACAUCUACUAAUUUCACGGUGUAUACAUGGGGCGUCGAAUUUUUUCUUGAGCCUGUCACAUAAGGCGAACCCUCAGAAUGGGCGUGUGGACUAUGACAAGCUUGAGGAGAAGGAAUUGGAUUUUCGGCCAAAGAUAUUGAUCUUGGGUGGGAAUUUAUAUCCCCGAAAAUGGGAUUAUGCGAGGUCUUGGCAGGUAACAGAUAAGUAUGGUACAAUGAUGUUAUCUGAUGUGGAUCAGAUUAACAAUUUUGUAGCUUCAAAUGAGUGCAUAAGCCCUUCCGAUUAUUGCGACAAUGUUACGUCUCGCGGCACGAGAGGUGUCAGCACGCUAGGCGUUGCGCGAACAUCACGUUGCGACGCGCAUAACGACCGAACAGAGACAAACGAUGUCUCAAGCACCAUGGCGCAAGGGGUCCCGUGCCGCGACAGUACGCAGGGCAUCGCUCGGUCAUCACGCCGUGACGCCACGAGCCAACAGAGACUAGCGAUGAACAAGGCAUCGCAGCGUAUGGGGUGUCGCGCCGCGAUGCGGCGUGAAUAUAGA